AUGGUGAAAGGUUAUCUGGACAUGUUAAGGGUUGUUACGAAAGAUGAUCGAGCCCAAACUUAUCGACCAAUUCCGUCCAGUCAAUUACCAAACAUUUCUAAAUUGCUCUCCCAAAUGUCCGUUAAAAUGGGCGCUCAAGCUUGCGCUUUAAUCAUAUCGGUAUCAUUUAUUAUGAAUCCCAAAGAUACAAUGAUCGCUGGGUACACCUAUCGUGAUACCGUUAAAAAUGACCUCUCUGUGUGUUUUGUUAGUAGCACCAAUGUCGAGAUAACUACUUGGUACUCUACUACUCUACUUGUUGGUCUUAAAUCGCUGCCUUCUAUAAAUGGCCGUUUCCAUGAGAAAAUACUCAUCUAUCGUGAUGGUGUAUCGAAAGGACAAAUCGCUUGUGUUUAUCAUAAGACCAGAAAAGUAGCCGAGGUACUAAGCGAACGGGAAGAUUUGAAAGACAUUGUUAUGGUUUAA